UUCAAUGCUUGUUUUCUUCUGUGAUAGAGCGAAUGAUUUUGAAUGCUUUGUGCGUGGAUGAUGGUAAGAUUAAUUGUAUGUAGGGUAAACUGGUAUGCAGAUUCUAAAAGGAAUCUGCCACUUGUACUUGGCAUCUCGGUUAGCCUGAUCGUUUUUGCAGCAGUAGCGCUCUCGUUGCUUGUUUGGAGGAGAAGAGUGCGUUCACGGUCUCUACCGCUGAUUGCAGAUCGCGAUGAGAUAAUGAAAAUCGAAGGACGACCAACUCUAUUUUCUUACAAAGAGCUGAAGGACGCCACCAAAAACUUCCACAUUGACAGUAAGCUUGGCGAGGGCGGGUUUGGCAUAGUCUACAAGGGCAUUCUGUACGACGGGUCAGAGGUGGCCGUAAAGCAGCUGUCUACAAAAUCAAGGCAAGGUAACGAGGAGUUUCUGAACGAAGUCACGCUUAUCACGGGAGUGCAGCACCGCAACCUCGUCAAGCUUCGUGGCUGCUGCCUCAAGGGACGCGAACGGUUGCUUGUGUACGAGUAUCUGGAGAACAAGAGCUUAUACCAAGCUUUAUUCGACCCUGGGAAAAGACUGCAUUUAAAUUGGAGGACAAGGGUGAAGAUUCUGGUGGGCACUGCACGUGGCUUGGCGUACUUACAUGAGGGUUGCCAGGCACGCAUUGUCCAUCGUGACAUCAAGAGCAGCAACAUCCUUCUGGACAAGGAACUCAACCCGAAGAUUGCUGAUUUCGGAUUAGCCCGCUUGUUCACCGACGAUGAGAGUCAUGUCAGCACACGCGUCGCUGGAACUCUUGGUUACCUGGCUCCAGAGUAUGCAAUGCGAGGGCAGCUGACAGAAAAGGCUGAUGUUUUCAGCUUUGGUAUUAUGACGUUGGAAGUAGUCAGCGGCCGGAAAAACUUCAAUGCUCGUUUGCCAGUAGAGGAGACCUACCUUCUGGAUUGGACAUGGACGUUGCACGAUGGAGGCAACAUCUUGGCUGUGCUGGAUCCCUUGUUGAUGGACGAGCCAUACCCAGAAGAGGAGGUGAAACGAGUCACCGAGAUAGCUUUGUUGUGUACUCAAUCACUGGCGUCCAUGAGGCCCUCCAUGUCGCACGUUGUCUCCAUGCUAAUAGGCGAAUCUGAAGUGAAGACGAGCAACGCCACCAAACCGAGUAUACGGAUGUUUUCCUCCAGUCUGUUGCCGCCCUCCAGGCAAGGCUCGCUAUCAUGUGGCCAAUCUCAUUCAUCUUUCCACUCUAGAAUACCCAGCUCCACACAAAAUGGUAGUAGUAUCAGUAUAUUGAGUCCUAGAUGAAGUUGUUUGCACACACAGAAAAUUCCUAAGAGCCCUAAAUCCCGAGGAUUCCUUCCUCCACUUCUGGCCCUCUGUAAUAUAUGCUAUGCACAGUGCCACUUACACACAUCAGGCAUCGUGACAUCUCUUCUGAAAAUCCUUCCUGGGUCAAAAGCUUAUGUGCAUCUGACAAACUCUUCUCUCUCAGUUCUCCCCUGAUCAAUUCAUCUCAUGUAUUCGUUGCGUCUGUCUGCACUUUUAAAUCUUCAGUAAAUCAUGUCACCAUUUCAUUUA